CACGUACAUGCUUUCGCCAUACUCAGACGGCAAUAAAACUGUCUCGCCACUUAUUGGAGUGUGUUUUCUACUCUUACUGACACGUUUCUCACUUUGUAUUGUACUUUCCCGCCAACCAAUUAAAAAUUAGCAAAAAUACUGAUUGACAGUCGAAUAAACGAGUAACGGCAUAAACGCCUAGUUUAUUCGCAACCACGCGCCGUGGCGUCGGCGCCAGCGCCACUAUCAACACCCCUUUCCGUAUAGACGCCGACAAAGUCCAACGUUUCUUUGUUGUCUAGGCGCAAAAACUUAUCAGCUGAGUACCAGGGUGUACCGCUACAACAGCAGUCAGCAUUCGAGUAAACUCUGCGUUUGCACGCGAGCAAUAGCAGCAGAGCGACUGCAACUUAUGCACCGGCUGCCGCAACAGUGUCAGCAGCACUAAUUAAAUCGUAAAAUGACCGAAAAUCAAAUAUUUUCCAUGUCGACUGAUCUAUUCGACACCUCGUCCAACAGCAGCAAUCCACUUAAGUGUGAUCUCUUCUCGUUGGCCCUGAGCAAUAGCAACACUUCCAGUCUACUCUUCGGCGCAUCGGCAUUGCCCGCACUGAGUCCAUUGCAGCAACUGAAUGUGAAUACAAUUUUCAGCUCCAACAAUUCCAACUCCAGUCCAAAUUCCGCAAAUUACAUAACCAAUACAAAUUCGAACGCCAACACACCAACGGACCAAACGACACAAUCGCAGCAACAGCAGCAGCAGCAGCAGCAACAGCAGCAGCAUACUUUUGCUGGCAACAACAUCGGUGGCAGUGGUGGCGGCAGCAUCAUUAGCGGUAGCAGUAAUGUGAUGCUGACCAACGCCAUUAGUAUACCGCGCAGUAAUAAUCCCAAUCAGAGCCAUAAUCCGUGGUCCCAAGACUCAGUAGACACGCAUCAUCACCCUAGCCCGAGCCCUUUGCAGCAUCAUCAUCAUCAUUCGCAACAUCUUAGCAAUCUGCAUCAUCAGCAUAGUCAAAUAUCUUCCAUGAUGUCUGCACAACAACAGCAACAACAACAACAACAAAAUAAUCAGCAACAACAGCAGCAACAGUCGUUGCAGCACACGCAACCACGUCUCUUUGUCGACUUCUCCGAUUACGGCUUGGAUGUGGCCUCACUAGAUGCCGCCUCCUUAUCACCCACCCUGCUGCAAGAUGUUAGCUUGGGUGUUUCUUCGCCACUGGAUGGCAUCACAUCGAACGGCUUCUAUGCAGCUGACGCCUCACCGAUCAGCAACAGCGGCAGCAAUAGCAUAGUGGGCAGUGUUGGCACCGCUGAUUCAGCGAGUACGCUGCUGGGCCUCAACGAUAGCAUACGCCCGGGCGAUGAUGGUAAUAAUUCAUUGCUCUUCGAUGCCACCGGCGGUACACCCAAUUCGAGCGCCAUGUGGAGCGACAUUAGCAAUGCCAUCAUACACACCAAACACGAGCCUUUCACACUGGAGGAUGACUAUAUAUUCCCCAUAGAUAAGGCUGAGAUACAGGCGGCCGGUUUUGGCGAUAUACCGGAAGACCAUUUCCUUGAUGUGAUUGAUAAUUUUGAUGAGCUGUUGAAUAGCGGUGCCGGACAGAAUGACUUCAUGUUAUCGCCUGGUAAUCAGCAUAAUAGCACAAACAACUUGCAACAGUUGAAUAGUCCACAGGCUUCACCGAGUGGUGGACCGCCCAUGGAGUUGUUACAGUUGCAUAAGCAACAACUACAACAGCAGCAACAGCAACAGCAACAGCAAUUGACACAAUUGCAAACAGCUCAACAGCAACAGCAGCAGCAACAACAGCAACAACAACAACGACAACAACAGCCACGCUUACAGCACAGUAACAGCGCUGGCGGUGCCAUACAUACACACCACAAUCACCAUAACGCAUCUAGUCCAUAUGAAAUCUAUCAUAGUACACCAAAUAAACAGCAACAACAACAACAACAUCAGCAUCAGCUGAGUAGCUCUGGUUCAAACUCGUUCUCGCCGGGUAGUCAGCCCUCACACUCACCACUUCAGCUCAAUUCCAUAACGCCACCACCACCGCCGCAUGCCAAUCGCUCACAAAGUCUGCAAGUAAAAUCGCGUAAUAUGUUGGAAUUACAGAAGAAAGGCUUCUCAAUGUCACCCGAUCGCGUUAGCAUAAACGGAAGUGCCGCUUUAAUCGGACAAUCCGUGCCGGGCAAUAGUCAUUUACUGCUCUCAGGUGCUGCGCUCAGCCCGAGUAGCGGUGGCAGCAGUAGUGGUUUUGGUAGCAGCUCCGGUGGCGGUGCUGGCAGUAGUACUAGUGGUUCGGCACGCAAAUCGUUCCAAUAUCCUUGUGAUACGUCGAUAUCACGACUAUCCUCCUCAGCACCCACACAUCUCGGGCUCGAACACAUAUGGAUGCGACGUGAACCGCGACAGCAUUUGUUGUCCACUGGCUCGCUGGCCGAGGCUGAAUCAUUCUCGUCGUUGAGCACUGGCAGUGUAUUGUCGCCGGAUGGCAUUGAUUUCUCGCAGGACGAUGAUGACGAUGCAUCAACUGAUUAUAAUAGCGAUAAUUAUGAUGAUUUGUCCAGUGAUGGUUCCGAUAACGAGGAUGACUCACGCACCGUUUCCGGUCAUUUAAGCAGUAAAGGUAAGGAGCGCUACUUCUGGCAGUACAAUGUUCAAGCAAAGGGACCUAAAGGCAAGCGGCUCGUGUUCCAAUCACGUUUGGAGGAUCCGCACGUUUUGAACGAGGCCACCGAUCCGGUGUUUAGCCCAAAUUGUUCUGUGCGUGGUAUCAAAGUAUUCAAACACAGCGGCAAGGCGCGCAAGGGUGAUGGCAAUGAUUUAACGCCAAAUCCACGCAAACUACACGUCAUUGGCAAGGAACUAGACAAACUCGGACGCACCAUCAAUGACAUGACGCCUGUAUCUGAGUUACCCUUCAAUGUGCGUCCAAAAUCGCGCAAAGAAAAGAACAAAUUAGCGUCACGGGCUUGUCGUCUGAAGAAGAAGGCCCAGCAUGAGGCGAAUAAGAUAAAACUCUUUGGACUGGAAAUCGAACAUAAACGUUUAAUCAACGGCAUUUACGAACUGAAACAAGCACUGGCGCUCAAAUAUCAAAAUCAAAAUAACAGUGAGCACAACGAAGCUAUCGAUCAGCGCAUCGAGCAGAUCUACAAGACGGCACAAACUGGUCUACGUAUAGCUGGCGAUACGACAGAUUUUGUUAACAAAGUGCUGGAGAAUGUUAAAAGUGGUGUACCAAAUGGUGGUCUCGAGGAUUUAAGACAUUCAUAGAAUCGUCAUAGAAAGGAAAUAAAGCACAGGCGAUGUGUAUAGCUUUUAAGGACAAAUAUUGGAGGCUCAAAGGUGAAAAUGAAAGGGAAUGUGAAGAGUGAGAAUAGCGAUGGUAAUCAAUUAUCAAUGGAACGUGUAUUGGAAGAAUAAAUGAACCCCGAUAUGCUGCUGAAAACGACAUGAGGAAAUGUGCGAAACAAGAAAAGUGAGAAUAAUGUACGAUGAGAAAAUGAAAUAAGAGAAAUUUGGUUGACAAGGAAAGCUGUUACCAGCUAGAAGGUGAUAUCAAAAGAAAUAGCCGUUGAAAACAUUUUCAAAAUGAGAUUUAUCAACAAAAGGAGAAGGAAAGAAUUGAAGCUCUGGCGUUGGUUAUCAAGAAAAACGCUGUAAUAAUGACAGUUCAAAAUAUACAGUUUUGAAAAGGUUAAAAAGUUUAAAGGAAACGAAAGAGGCCACAAUUAUAUACAUACACAUACAUACAUAUAUAUAUUUUUUUUUGUUUAGCUCUUAAGUGAAAAUGUUACGGAUGUAGAGGAUGGGUAAAUAUUAAUACUUGGGGAAAUAAUAAUUAUAAUCAGCUAUAACUGCUGUUUGUUAUAAAAGGUUUAUACUGAAAUAUCAGUCAAAUGCAUAUAUUAUAUUUAUAAAUGUUGGCAAAUACAUAUAUUUAUACCUAAAAAAAA